AUGAAUCGUGAAAAACGAGAUCCCGAUUACCCUGUAGAAUUAGAAACUCAAUUCAUUAUGAGAAUGCCUGAAACGCCCGGAAAGGCUUUGAGUGAAUUAAUAAAAUCAGGAGAAAACUUUAAGAAUAGACUUACCAUUCAAAUAGAAAACGAUAUGAGACAUGGAGAAGUAAGAUUUGACCAUUGGGUACUACAUGCUAAAAUUGUAGAUUUACCUACCAUAGUAGAGUCCUGGAAGACCAUUGAUAGGAAAAGCCUAUAUAAAACUGCUGACCUCUGUCAAUUGAUGAUAUGUAAAGAAGAAGCAGAUUCUUGCACUGAAGAAGAGUCACCAACAAAAAAUAAAAAGAAAGAUCCAUUGAAAGUAGACAAGAAAUUUCUUUGGGCUCAUGGGAUAACUCCACCAACUAAAAAUGUUCGAAAAAGGCGAUUCAGGAAAACACUAAGAAAGAAAUGUACAGAAGGACCUGAGAUAGAAAAAGAAGUUAAAAGACUAUUAAGAGCUGAUAAUGAAGCUGUUAGUUUUACUUGGGAAGUAAUAAAAGAAGAAGAUGAAACUCCUAAAGUUUCUAAAAACGAGGCUACAUUGCCUAAAGUGGAGAAAGGCAAGAGCAAGAAAGAUACACACACCACACCCAAAACGAAUCAGCCAUCUAAAGUUGAGGAUAUUUUUGGUGAUGCUUUAAGUGACAGUGAUGUUGAGGAAGAAAACAUCAGUGUUGAUGUAGAAGACAGCAGGUUGUCAUUCUAUGAGGAACCCUUGUCCGAAAACAAUUCUAUAAAUGCUGGUGAAAAUACUAAGGGAUCUAGUUUUGCUACACAAUUCAAGUCUGAAAUGUUUGAAUCUCCACCAAAAACGUCAUCGGCAAAUAGAAAUCAGUCAACUAAGUAUGAUAGCAAGCAAACUGGAGAAUCUUCGAGCAGUUAUCCGAAUACUUCUAGUUUCAAAAUGCAAGAGCUUUUCACUGAACUAGAAGAACUCAAACAGAGACGGCAAAGGACACAACUAGAAAUAGCUGGUAUGGAGAACAUGGCAUUAAGGCAACGGUUCCAAGAUAUUCUGAAAACUCUAAACAAGGAGAUUAUAACUAAAGAAGUUGAAUACAACAGAUUACGAUCUCAUUUAAAAUAA